GCCGCGCCCUGCAGCGACAGUCUAGUCGCAGAAAGAGUUGUGCAAACAGAGUCUAAUGACAGUUGAGGAGCCGCGGGUCGCAACUGACAUUUCAAGAGAGAGACAGAGAGCAGCAUCUGAGAAAGCCUGUCAUCUCUUCAGCCUGUCGACAUGAGCAAGGACGGUUUAAUUCUCCCCAAGGACUUCCCCCAGCUCCAGAACGACACAUUCCUGCGAGCAGCACGAGGAGAAGAAACUGAACAUGUCCCUGUCUGGUGUAUGAGACAGGCUGGAAGAUAUCUCCCAGAGUUUCGUGAGUUGAGAGCUGGGAAGGACUUCUUUGAGACAUGUCGGUCACCAGAGGCCUGCUGUGAGCUCACUCUGCAGCCUCUGAGACGCUUUCCCUUCGACGCCGCCAUCAUCUUCUCUGACAUCCUGGUUAUCCCACAGGCCCUGGGUAUGGACGUCCAGAUGGUGGGAGGUAAAGGUCCAACAUUCUCGGAGCCCCUUAAGGAGCCAGAGGACCUGCAGCGUCUGCAGACCAAAAUUGACGUGGCUAAGGAGCUGGACUACGUCUUUAAAGCCAUCACGCUGACCAGACACAAGAUAGAGGGCAAAGUGCCGCUCAUAGGAUUCACUGGAGCUCCGUGGACGCUGAUGUCCUACAUGAUAGAAGGCGGCGGCUCCAACACCCACUCCAAGGCGAAGCGCUGGCUGUACCGACACCCUGAGUCCAGCCACAUGCUGCUGAGGAUUCUGACAGAUGUGAUAGUGGAGUAUCUGCUGAGACAGGUGGCAGCCGGAGCUCAGGCUCUGCAGGUUUUUGAGUCCCACGCCGGCAUUCUGGGGCCAGCCGAGUUUAACGAGUUCGCUCUGCCUUACCUGCGAGACAUCGCUUGCCGCGUCAAAGAUAAACUCAAAGAGGCAGGACAGGACGUUCCCAUGAUUGUGUUUGCAAAGGAUGCUCACUACGCUGUAGAGGAUCUGUCUCAGUCUCGUUAUGAGGUGGUUGGACUGGACUGGACCAUUGACCCACGAUCAGCACGGGAGCGCACAGGAGGGAAGGUCAGCCUGCAGGGAAACAUGGACCCAUGUGCUCUCUACGCUCCAAAGGAGCGCAUUUCAGACAUCGUGAAGAAGAUGUUGGAGGGUUUCGGCACGAGGGGCUACAUCGCCAACCUGGGUCACGGCCUUUACCCCGACAUGGACCCGGAGAACGUGGGCGCCUUCGUGGAAGCUGUGCACCAACACUCUAAGCAGAUGAUUAAACAAAUGUAAAGACGGAUGUGUCUGUGUGAGGCCAAAAAAUGCCGAUGAGAGGGAUUGAAACUGUGACAAGUAGUCAGCAUUGGUGUUUAAAUACUAAAGGGCAACAUCAAAAGGAAAAGAUGUACAGCUUGAUACAUGUUUUCAGCAGUUUAAGAGUCCAUUCUGACUGAUUUUUCUGGGAGGUAAAAUAAAAAACACUGGCCCAACAAAAACAUCCAUAUCUUCAUGUACAUUUAAGUGAAUUCACUACAUUCUCAUUCCUUGGUCAAGUGUGGAUUUUCUUGAUAAACAAGAUUUUCUAUGACAAGGUUUUCUGUUCAUCUAUAAUAUGUUGAUCUGACCAGGACUGGAUUAUAUGUUUCCACUGGAAUCACUUUAGCGAGUACAUGUUCAGUUGUAUGGGAUUUGUAUUAAUAUUGGAUCCAUUCAAAAAUGCUCUAAACAGCUUUGACUUGUAGAUUAAAUUUUUUUUUUUUUUUUAGAUAUUUGUCAUCAAAAUUCACCACAAUGUUACGCUAGUGCUCACACAUACAAAUAGAGACAAACCUUUCUAACCUGUUUAAUAGCUGCAAACAUCUUCAGUCACGAGUGAGUCUGUCAUCAGUACGAGCAGCUUGUUCGUCAAAGGCUGCAGAAUCAAACGUUUCAGCCCGAGAAGCUCUAUUGCAGGUUCAAAAUCAUUUUUUAAGGAAAAAUGUCAGCACACAGCAGCUGAUGACUCCACCACCUACCAUCUUCACAGUGAGCACAAUCCCCCGCUGGAUCCCAGCAUGAACAGUUUUAUUUUUACUCCUGCGGAUAGAAAAUCUUCUAAGGAAUUCAUGCUGUAAAAGACGAUGCCUUCUGCUGUUUUUGUCUUUGUCUUUCACCCUCAAUCUGUUUUUUUUUCAUUCCAUCAACUCCGACUUGUAGAAAAAGUGGCUUAUGAACUGAAUCGCGCUGAAAGCAUCCUGAGAGGUUGCAUGUGAUUGCAGUUUUCUAGACAAUUAAAACCCAUAAAUGUGUGUAUCUGUUUUUUUUCUGUCCACUUAAAUAAAAAUUUACUAGAUUUUCUUUGA